CCCUCCUCCCUUGACCCCUCCCUCCCUCCCAGGAGGGCCAGUCCUUGGUCCCCUCAGCAUGGACCUGGGCGGCCAGGGGUCCCGGCUUCCCCUCUGGAGCCUGCCUUGGGUUCAAAAUGAGCCCCAGAACCAGCCCACCAACCUGGCCAUGGCUGCUCCAGGUCGCCCCCCAUAUCCCCAGCCCCGAGGCAAGGAGGCUGAAGAGGAAGAAGAGGAGGAGGAUGAAGAAGAGGAGGAAGAGGAAGAAGAACGUGAGGAAGAAGAGGAUGAAGAGGAAGAAGAUGGGGCCCAAGACAAGAGGGUGGUCCUGAGGAGAAGGAGGAGAAGGAAGAGGAAGAAGAAGAAGUACCUGCGCCACGCCAAGCCACCCUACACCUACCUGGCCAUGAUCGCCCUCGUCAUCCAGGCCUCCCCCGAGAAGAAGCUCAAGCUCUCCCAGAUCAUCAAGGAGAUCAGCGCCUGCUUCCCCUUCUUCAAGGAUGGCUACCAGGGCUGGAAGGACUCCAUCCGCCACAACCUCUCCUCCAACGACUGUUUCCGCAAAGUGCUGAAGGACCCCUCCAAGCCCCAGGCCAAGGGCAACUUCUGGACGGUGGACGUCCGCCGCAUCCCCCCGGAAGCCCUCCGCGUGCAGAACACGCCCAUCUCCCGCCAGGAGGAUGGGGUCUUCCCGGCCGACCUCUCCCCGUUCGUGUUCAACGGGCUCCCCUUCAGCCUCCGCCCCUCCCAGGCCCCGCUGCACAACCUGGCCGCCGCUCAGGAGAGCCCCUUCGACAUGGAGAACUUGCUCAGCGACGUCCGGGAGGUGGGCCUGCCCGCGUGUGGGCCGGUGCCCAUCUUCCGGGCCAAUGCCGGUGGGACCCUUCAGCCCUGGAGGGGCCCCUUGCCCUUCCCCUCGAACUCGGGGCCGGCCGGGAGAGCGAGGCCGAAGCGGGGCCUCCCCAAGCGGGCCCGGGACCCCGCGAGCAGCAGCUCGGAUUCGGACUCUUCCGGGACCGGCGUGGACCCGGCUCCCUCCGCCUUGCGUUUGGAGCAGCUCCCUACUUCCUACACCAAGUCCGUGGCCCCCAACGUGGUGGCCCCACCGAGCCACGGCUUGCCCUUGGCCUUCGCGGGGGGCUCCAGUGCCAGUUUCUACGGCCCGAUGCCCACCUUCCCCGGCCCGGUGUAUUGGGAUCUGAUGCCAAGGCCAGCCUUGAGCCCGGUCCUCUCUUCCGCCUCCCUCUUAGAUCUGGAUCAAACCAUGCCCCCCAACAAGUCCAUCUUUGAUGUCUGGGUGGCCAACCCCUCGGACACUAUACCCCCUGUGGUCAGCGCUUUUGGGGUCCUGGGCCAUUAUGACCCCUCCGGAUAGCGGCCUUUGGGUGCAUCUACACCAGGCAUGGGCCAACUUUGGCCCUCCCUCCAGGUGUUUUGGACUUCAACUCCCACAAUUCCUAACAGCCGGUAGGCUGUUAGGAAUUGUGGGAGUUGAAGUCCAAAACACCUGGAGGGCUGAAGUUUGCCCAUGUCUUAAACUGUGGUCCUUCAGUUGAUUUGGGCUUCAGCUCCCAUCAUCCCUGAUCAGUAGAGACUGCCUUGAAGUCCAAAACAUGUGGAGGACUAGAGUUUGGGGAUCGGUUGAGUGAGUCCAUUCCAGGCACACAAUCCUAUUCUUACAAUGGGUUCAGACCUUUGGAUAGUUAUCUUAUCCUUGAGAUCCCAUCUCAGUGGAAUCCUCUCCAGUUCUUAUAUUGGAUACUAAAAGCUUUCUCCAAGGUGCUGAAACUUAUGGCAACAAGAUUCAGGACCUUGGAUAGCUCUCUAAACUCCCACAAGAUCCCAUCUCAAUGGAAUCCUCUCCAGUUUUCAUAUUGGAUACUAAAAGUUUUCUCCAAGGUGCUGAAACUUAUGGCAACAAGGUUCAGGACCUUGGAUAGCUCUCUAAACUCCCACAAGAUCCCAUCUCAAUGGAAUCCUCUCCAGUUUUCAUAUUGAAUACUAAAAGUUUUCUCCAAGGUGCUGAAACUUAUGGCAACAAGGUUCAGGACCUUGGAUAGCUCUCUAAACUCCCACAAGAUCCCAUCUCAAUGGAAUCCUCUCCAGUUUUCAUAUUGGAUACUAAAAGUUUUCUCCAAGGUGCUGAAACUUAUGGCAACAAGGUUCAGGACCUUGGAUAGCUCUCUAAACUCCCACAAGAUCCCAUCUCAAUGGAAUCCUCUCCAGUUUUCAUAUUGGAUACUAAAAGCUUUCUCCAAGGUGCUGAAACUGCUAUGGGUAUAAGAUUCAGGACCUUGGAUAGGUCUCUUUAAACUCUCCCAAGAUCCCAUUUCAGUGGAAUUCCCUCCAGUUCUUAUAUUGGACACUAAAAGCUUUCUCUACGGUGCUGAAACUGCUAUGGCUAUAAGGUUCAGGACCUUGGAUAGUUCUCUUUAAACUCCUUGAGAUCCCAUCUCAGUGGAAUCUCCUCCAGUUUUUAUAUUGGAUACUACAAGCUUUCUCCACGGUGCUGAAACUGCUAUGGCUAUAAGGUUCAGCACCUUUGGAUAGUUAUCUUAUCCUUGAGAUCCCAUCUCAAUGGAAUCCUCUCCAGUUCUUACAUUGGAUACUAAAAGCUUUCUCCAAGGUGCUGAAACUGCUAUGGCUAUAAGGUUCAGCACCUUUGGAUAGUUAUCUUAUCCUUGAGAUCCCAUCUCAGUGGAAUCCUCUCCAGUUCUUACAUUGGAUACUAAAAGCUUUCUCCAAGAUGCUGAAACUGCUAUGGCUAUAAGGUUCAGCACCUUGGAUAGUUCUCUUCAAACUCCUUGAGAUCCCAUCUCAGUGGGAUCACUCAGUGGACACUAAAAACUUUCUCCAAGUUGCUGAAACUGUUAUGGCUAUAAGGUUCAGGACCUUGGAUAGUUUAAACUCCUUGAGAUCCCAUCUCAGUGGGAUCACUCAGUGGACACUAAAUGCUUUCUCCAAGGUGCUGAAACUAUUAUGGAUAUAAGGUUCAGGACCUUGGAUAGAUCUCAUAAACUCCUUGAGAUCCCAUCUCAGUGGAAUCCUCUUCAGUUUUUCUAUUGGACACUAAAAGCUUUCUCCAAGGUGCUGAAACUUAUGGCAACAAGGUUCAGGACCUUGGAGAGAUCCUUCAAAGCUCAGUCUGAUUGAGCUGUGAGUUUACUUGCUGCUUCUACAUCCAAAGGUGCAUCUACAAUGCAAGGUUAUUGUGACUCCAUUCCUAUUCCCAUAAAGGUUCAGGGCCUUGGGGAGCUCCUUUUGAACCCACCAAGGAUCCCUAUCAAUAAAAUCCAAACCAGUUUAUAUAUUGGAAGCCAAAAAAUGCAACAAGAGAGAUCCUUCAACGUCCAGUCUGAAAUCUGAACUGGACAUCUGAGCUAAUAUCCAGUGGCUCUUUCAGCAUGGCUCUGUACAAAUAAAAGACCCAAACUGGGAAACACUCCUUGGUGAAAUGUGUGCUUGCUUAUUUAUCUGCAUUUGCAAAUUUAGAAACCAGGAAGGCAGAAGUAGAGGUCUAGGGACUUCAUCUCAUGCAGGAUGUAAAGCUUUGAGGAUUGUUUUUCCCUUAAGUUUCACAAAACACCCUGUUUGGAAAUUAAAUAAUUUUCCUAUCUC